AUGCCGGUUGCUCCCAAACUCAGACCGCUGGCCAGAGGCGAUGCUUGCCAGUCCUGUAAGUCACGUAAAGUGCGGUGUCCUGCAGAGAAGCCAGCUUGUGCAAAUUGCGUGAAGAAAAGCAGAGAAUGUAUCUAUAAACCCACGCCGCCCAGCGAGGAUUUCCCAACAUCACUUCAUGAAACGUACCAUGCUUUCUCAUCUGGGGCUUCACCUGCCGCUGAAGAUCCCGGAUCAUCGAGCUCAACAUCAAAGCCACCAACUAGUAUAACAGCAUCUUCAUCUUUCGGAUCCGUCGGUAGCAAAUCUACGCUAACCCCACUACUGGAUCCCCCAGGGUAUCAAGAUAGCCCGUGGUCGUUCAACUUGAAUACGAUCGGUUUACUUCCAUCCAUGGGUAGUCAAGAACAGCGUCUUCCUCUGCAUUGGGAAGAUGUAGAUCUGAGUGCUUUAUUAGGUCAAAGGAACAUUGAUCCAGAAAUACUAGGAUUGGGUCAGACAGAGCUCAGUGAGGCUGAACGUGAUCACUUGCUUUUACUGUAUUUCACGGGUCAACGUACUUUUGGGAUAGACAUGCACAUCUCUACUUUCUAUACCAGAUUACAAUCGCCGGAUCCUGAUAUUAGGCCCCAUCCAUGCAUCCUGAACGGUAUUUAUCUCAUGACAUGCCGAGGAUCUCCGCUCGAGUCUCUCCGAAGUCGAGAGCUCCACUUCUACACUCGGGCUAGGGAAUGCAUGGAACAAGCAAUGACAUCGCCCGUGUUUGUGUUUGAUGCCCUUCGUACAGGCAUCAUGCUCGCUGCGUGGUUGUUUGGAUCGGAUCGACAUCUCGAAGGGUGGGUGAUGUUGGGCCAGGCUGUGAGCCACCUAGGCAGUUAUCUGCCUACGGCUACCUCGCAAUUGGAGCUGGCAGAUAGGAUUCAUACAUUCUGGACACUGUUCUUGGCCGAUCGUUACGUUUCUAUCGGUUUCGAGCUGCCGGCAGGUAUCAGUCUGAGCAGAAUUACCACACCUCUUCCUCGUUCUUGGGAAGCAUACGAGAAGAACGAUCCUCAUCUCCACGCUUCUGAUUCAUAUCUUUGUGACUUGCUGAAAGACGCUUCCGCUCCUUCCCAUCCUUGUGAUGCAAUACACAAAACUGAAAUGGUUUACAUGAUAUUUGCAGUGGAGCUGAUGUACCAAGUGUCCCUGAGACCAGGUCUGGCUGAAGAACGGAGACUCGGCGUCACCCUUACGAGGUUGCUUUCCAGUCUACCACCUGAACUCAAGCAAACCAAGACAUCAGACACCGGAAAACUCACGAUCAGUUCUGACACAGCUAGUCUACAAUUGAUUACACUAUAUACAGAAAUGUGGUUAUGCGCGAUUGAUAUGGUGGACCGACCGGAUCCACGGGCUCUUGAAGCAGCUCGACGUAUAGUGGGAGUUCUGCAUCUACUGAAGGAUUCGAACAUUGGAGAUGUCAACUUGUUUGCUAUGAUAAUCUGGACACGAGUAGCCAGAAUGAUGAUAUGGGAAAGCAAACGGCUAGAGUCCACCGGAGAUACUUUUGGGGCGGCACACAUCGCAAAGGACGUCCAAUUUAUCGCUAGCUGCCUGCAGCAACUCAGUCACAUAACUUUAGCUUCCGAAUGUUUGAAAAGUAUUCAGGAAUGGUGGAAACAUGACUUAGCGACCUUCGGGGUGGAACACUCCCGUGAAGCGCAUCGCGAUCAUAGAUAG